UGUUGAUGUUUUAGUUUUGUGCACAUGGAUAUGGGCGUACGUGCAUUUCGGAUCGUACAUUUCGACAGUUUUUAGCUGAAGAUCUUGGUGAAAAUUCCUAAUAAUUGUCAACAAACAUUGAGAUUACUGAACAAAAUGGAUCAUAAAGAUCAGUAUAAACAUAAACCAACUAAUGUUUAUAACCUGAGGCAGAGACGUAGGCAGGAAGAAGUGGGAUUAAGGAAGCAGAGGAGACAUCAUCAUGUGGAUGCUAAGAGGGUGAGAUUGGACAGUGAACCUGCAGAGGAAGAGUACACCAUAGAUCAGGUGUGCAAGAUUGCCAAAGCAAUUCAGAAACCAGGAGGGGAUAAGCUUGGCCAGCUGAAGAAGUUGAAGAGAAUGUUUGCUCAGGGGAGUGCACUGAUUGAUGCUUUCUUGGGCGUAGACAACUCAUUCAAUGCCUUGGUGGGUUUACUGAGUGGCAAGGACCCAGCCCUUCAGCUCCAGGCGGCCUGCUGCAUCACCAACUUCUCAGCCAGUGAUUAUAAACACUGUAUGAUGGCGUUGCAACAUGCUGCCCCUUAUCUAGUCACCUACCUCGGUGGCCAGAAUGCUGUACUCCAGGAUCAAUGUAGCUGGGCUUUGGGUAAUCUCGCUGGUGAUGGGCCGGAAUGCAGAGAGAAACUUCUAGCUCAAGGGGCUGUCCAACUCCUGGUCAACUUACUCAAGCUUAUUGCCAAGUAUUCUGACAUCAUAUAG